AUGAUGCGUCCUAAAGCUUCGUCUUCUAUGCAGAAGACAUACGAUGACUGCUAUUUGAUGUGCUCGACGGCCGUGUAUUUCGAGAAUCAGAAUAAUGAGCUGGAAGCUUUACGAACCUGGAAAGCUGCGCUAGACGCACUCUACUAUCACAAUGCGCAUAAAGUCCCAUCUACUUAUAUUCCUAAGAACGACGUUGAGCGUGGCCUUCAAGAAUCGUUGCGUGAGCUGGAAUUGCAAUGCAAAGAAAGAGUCACACUCCUGGAAACCCUACGGGAAAGUCGUAAAGAGGCCGGCAUGGACGUUGAUGGGAAAGUGACGCCUGCCCCGAAAGGAAAGCUGGAAAAACCAAGACCUCAGGUAAACGGAUCUCAGAGUUCCACCAGUGGCAAUUCGGGAUGGAUUGGUGAGGGAACUAUCCCAUCCAUGAGUUACCCGGAUCUGCCACGACCACCAUCAUUACCCCCUCGAUCCACCACACAGAGCCAGCAGAGCCUCAAUUCGAUAACACCUACUUCCCACACCAGUUCGGGUGUUGUUCGUGGUCUAGGGUUGGAUUCCCUACCCUCUCCUCCCCCGCUUCCAGUGCCAACAAUACCUAGGGAUACAAAUCGACUGCAGAACCCGGAGAAAAAGAAGACCUUGCUCACGACACUUCGUGGCAAGGAUCUGAAACCUCCUGCGAACUCCAGCACACCACCACGCAAGCAUUCAAGGCCGGCGUCUAAAGCCGCUGGUUUGGCAUGGAGCUUCGUUACUCAGUCAAGUUCAUCCAGACGUGGCCAGAUUUCUCCGGUAAACGAGUCUGCGCCUUCGACUCCGCGCAAAAGUACAUCGAGUGACUCGGGUUCGCGAAGGGAUGUUCUCCAAAGUCGUCGUUCUAUUGACGAAGCUUCACCGCCAACCCGGGCGUCUCACCGGCUAGAUUAUUUCUCCAGCUCUCCACUCACACGAAGAAUAUCGGGAGAUCACUCUGCUGCGAGUCUAGCUGCUGGUGCUGCCGCGGCGGCAGCCGCCGCUCAAAGACCAACGGAAGGAGAAUCUUGUAACAGCUUUCAGGAUUCUUCUCCGGAACUUAAAGGAGGCCAUUUUGAGAAAUCAAAACAGCUGGAUAAGAAGAAUGAUUCUGGGUAUAGCCCACCACAAUCCAGACCUCCUACCUCGCUUAAAAGCUCCGCUAUCGAACCUGCACGAUCUGUCUCAGCAGGGCUAACCACAACCCAGUCUCGCCCAAGUAAGGCUUCACCGGAUGAAGUUGGCCAGAGAAGGGCUGUCAAACCAAGCUCUGCACUUUCUAAGCCACGACCUAGUAUAAAAGACGCUAGUAGAAACAAUGAAGGCCGCAAUGACUUGCCUCCUAACGGUAAAUCGAGACAAUCAAGUAUCCAGACUGCAAUACCCACAAAUCGCCCGGCGGUUGUACCACAGAGAACAACAUCCAAAUCUAGUAAACACUCGGUUGAAAUACCCGUUCAUGAAGACAGUGUUGACAGUGAUAUUGACCUGCCCGAAUACGACCCCGAUGAAGACCUAGCUUUAAAAAGAGCGCUGAGCAGUUUGCCAAAAGGGGUUGAUAAGGAGUCUGCUAAACAAAUAUUUAAAGAAAUAGUGGUACACGGCGAUGAAGUGCAUUGGGAUGAUGUUGCCGGUCUAGAACUUGCAAAGACAGCUCUAAAAGAGGCUGUUGUAUACCCUUUCCUUCGCCCGGAUCUUUUCAUGGGGCUUCGUGAGCCCGCCAGAGGCAUGCUACUCUUCGGUCCCCCUGGCACUGGGAAGACUAUGUUGGCCAGAGCAGUUGCUACCGAAUCGCAGUCUACAUUUUUCUCAGUCUCGGCUUCGAGUUUAGCUUCUAAAUGGCAUGGGGACAGUGAGAAGCUAGUUAGAGCUCUUUUUGGACUAGCAAAAGCCUUAGCUCCGUCUAUCAUAUUCGUUGAUGAGAUUGAUGCAUUGCUUUCCUCACGAUCCCGGUCCAGUGAAGCAGAAGUCUCCAGGCGGAUCAAAACGGAGUUCCUUAUCCAGUGGUCUGAUUUACAACGAGCUGCUGCUGGCAGAGAACAAAACCAUAAGGACAAGAAAGUAGGCGAUGCAUCGCGAGUUUUAGUUCUCGCAGCAACGAAUAUGCCAUGGGAUAUUGAUGAUGCAGCUCGGCGCAGAUUUGUUCGAAGGCAGUAUAUACCUCUCCCAGAACCUGAGGUGCGAAAGUUACAACUACGGAAGCUGUUGAGCCAUCAAAAGCAUGAGCUCUCAGAUGCUGAUAUUGAUAAACUAUCUAGUCUUACAGAAGGUUUUUCCGGAUCUGAUAUUACUGCCCUUGCAAAGGAUGCGGCAAUGGGGCCAUUACGCAACCUAGGCGAGGACCUCCUUCACAUACCAAUGGAAAAGAUAUCCCCUAUCUCCUUUAAGGAUUUUGAAGCUUCGCUACUUUCGAUCCGGCCCAGUGUGAGUCAAGAUGGAUUAGAUCGUUAUGAUGAAUGGGCAAAAAAUUUUGGAGAAAGAGGGGGCUAA